AUGUCUUCAUCCCCUUCUUCUGCUCCCGCGCCCGUGGCCCGCCGCCAGAUCCCUCUGUUUUCGCCCGAAUACUACGCCGCCUGCACGCUGGGCGGCGUAGUUGCGUGCGGUCCCACCCAUUCGGCCGUGACCCCGCUGGAUCUCGUCAAAUGCCGCCGUCAGGUCGACCCCGCGCUGUACAAGUCCAAUUUGGACGGAUGGCGCACGAUCGUGCGUAAUGACGGCCUCCGCAAGGUGUUCACCGGCUUCGGCGCCACUUUCGUCGGGUAUUCGCUGCAGGGCGCUUGCAAGUACGGUGGUUACGAAUUUUUUAAGCACACUUACUCGUCUUUGCUUUCGCCCGAGACUGCGCAUCGUCAUCGGACCCUGAUCUACCUGGGCGCGUCUGCGUCCGCAGAAUUCAUCGCAGACGUGUUUUUGUGUCCGCUCGAGGCCAUUAAGGUCAAACAGCAAACCACUUUGCCGCCCUUCUGCCGUAAUUUCGUGGACGGCUGGCGCAAGAUCGUUGCCAACGAAGGCGUUGCUGGCCUCUACAAAGGGCUGACGCCUUUGUGGUGCCGCCAGAUCCCGUACACCAUGUGUAAGUUUACGUCGUUCGAGCGGAUCGUCGAAGCGAUCUAUGCACGUCUGCCCAAACCUAAAGAACAAAUGACGCAAAUGGCGCAGAUCGGAGUGUCGUUCGUGGGCGGGUAUCUUGCGGGUAUUCUGUGCGCGGUGGUUUCGCAUCCGGCCGACGUGAUGGUCUCGAAGGUCAACAGUGACCGUAAGGCCGGCGAGUCGAUGAUGGCAGCCACCAGCCGUAUCUACAGCAAGAUCGGCUUUGCUGGUCUCUGGAACGGGCUACCCGUGCGUAUCGUGAUGAUCGGUACGCUGACGAGUUUCCAGUGGCUGAUCUACGACUCGUUCAAGGCGUACAUCGGACUUCCCACCACGGGCCACUGA